AUGACGACCGACUACCAGAAACAGCUGGACGCCUACCUCGGCCAAUACGCCGACAAUGUCGAGCUACGCCUCCACCCCCAAUCAGACCCCUCAAUCCCAGCGGAUCGAUACCUCGUCGCAACCCGCGACUACAAAAUCGGAGAAGUCAUCUUCACCGAAUCGCCUAUCCUCCAUACCCAGCACCCCUACGCACAAACAUUCCAGCCCUCCACAAACCUAAACCUUGCAUUCGACUGGCAGCGAAUCCUCCACCUCUACGCACAUCUUCGCACGACCGACGAUGGGCCAGAAUGCGCACUGGUCAAGCUGGGAUUGAAUGUGCUGAGUGUUGACGGAGCCACGAAUGCGAUUGCGCAGGAGGAGGAUGAAGAUAAGUUGAAGGAUCAUAAGGAGAGUGCGAAAGCUUGGGUUAAUAGGUGGAAGGAGCGGAGACGGAACAAGAACAAGAAGAAAAAGAAGGGCGGCGCUGCUGCACCAGCACCAGCUGCAGGAGAGGAGGAGAAGGGCGAGGAGUGGGUACCCACCGUGGAGGAAAUUGAGCGUCUGAUCCACGUUCUCGAAACGAACUGCCAUUCCCGGUCCUCGCACCCCGAUCCCGUCCGCGGCGAAACCGCAUCACCCACAACCUCCACCUCCACCAAGGGAGACGACUGGGAAGACGAAGACGCCGCCGAAAAAGAGGACGAGGAUGAGGAAGAGGAAGAAGAACAAUGCGGCCUCUUCCUCUUGGCCUCCUUCAUGAACCACUCCUGCCUCCCCACCGCCUCCGUCCUCCUCCCCCUCGCCUCCUCCUCCCCACCAACUCUCACCCUCAUCUGCACAAAACCCAUAAAGACAGGCGAGGAGGUGACCAUCUCCUACCACGAUCAAGAAUUCAUACAAACGGAGGAUAGACGGAUGCUUCUCCGCCGCCGAGGAUUCGUGUGUGAGUGUGUGAUGUGUUCUGGGGAUGUCGCGGAUUAUGCCCGUGCUGCACUGUGUACCAACUCUGGGUGUACGGACGGAAUCGCAUCACCCACCGCCUCAGGCUGGCUCUGCGACACCUGUUCUCAUCAAUUAUCCGACGAGCAGGUGUCCGAAAUCGAGCAAGCCGAAGAAGAAUGGGAAGAAGAAUGGGAAGAACUCGGUUCCUCACCCCUCAUCACCGCCCUCGUCUCCUCCCUCAUCUCCCACAUCUCCACCACCCCCCUCGCCGACCCCAACACCUGCCAACCGCCCAGCCUUCUCAAACUCCGAGAAGCCACAUCCCCACUCCACCCAGCCCACACCCACAUAUCCUCCCUCAUCCGCCACCUUACAUUCACCCCAACCCUCAUAACCCCCCUCCGUCUCGACCACGGCCUCGACACGCCCUUCCAUCUCCUACAGUAUCUUCUCUCGUCUGCGUAUCGGUUGUUGCGCCUCGAUCGAGGUGUUGAGGGGAGUGUGAGGGGGUUGAGUGAGGAGGUUAGACAUCUUGCGUACUGGCUUGCGAAGGAAGGGAAGGAUUUGGGGGGGAGGGAGGGGGUGAAGGAAGGGGAGAGGGAGAGGUUUGCGUUGGUGGAGGGGUGGGCGGAGGGGGUUUGGGGGGAGCAUGGUAGGGGGUUGAAUGGGCAGCUUUGA